AUGGCGUACAACUAUGUAGCUACUGCGCAGAAACCCACGAGUGUCACGCACUCGCUCACUGCGGCGUUCACUGGUGCCAACGACACCAACUUGCUGCUGGCCAAGAGUACGCGCUUUGAAGUGCACCUGUUGACGCCCGAGGGGCUCCAACCCCAGCACGAUAUCAAUUUAUACGGCCGCAUUGCUAUUUUCGAGGUGUUUCGAGACGCACAAGAGCCCCAAGACUGGCUGUUUAUCGUCACGCAGCGGUUCCAGUUCUGUGUAUUGGCUUACGAUGCCGUGAAUCAGCAAAUUGUGACGAAAGCGCACGGCAGCAUUCGAGACUCGAUCGGUCGCAGUAGUGAGAUUGUCACCAGUGGAAACAUUGACCCGGAAGGACGUCUCAUUGGGAUGAAUUUGUACGAAGGCUACUUCAAGGUCAUCCCCAUUGACAGCGGCAAAGGCAUUCUCAAAGACACGUUCAACAUCCGUCUCGACGAGCUGCGUGUCAUUGAUAUCAAGUUCUUGCAUGGGUACAACAAACCGACGAUCUGUGUCUUGUAUGAAGACUAUAAAGCUGCUCGACACUUGAAGACGUACCACAUUUUACUCAAAGAGAGAGACUUUGCUGAAGGACCGUGGAGUCAAGCGAACGUCGAGUCGGGUGCAACGUUGCUGAUCCCAGUACCAGCUCCGACAGGCGGAGUGCUCAUUGUGUCAAAUCAGACGAUCGUGUACCACAGUGGAAGCACGUUCCACGCUAUUCCUAUGCAGUCGACAGUGAUUCAAGUCUACGGAGCAGUCGAUAAAGAUGGAUCGAGAUUUUUGCUGGCAGACCAGUAUGGAACGCUCUCGGUAGUGGCCUUGCAACUUACAGAAAAGGAAGUCAGUGGCGUGCAUUUGGAGGUGCUCGGAGAGACGAGCAUUGCGUCCUGCUUGUCGUACCUGGAUAACGGUGUCGUGUUCAUUGGAAGUACGUUCGGCGAUUCGCAGCUGAUUAAGCUUAAUGCAGACCGGGAUGAGCACGGUUCUUACGUUGAAGUCCUGGAUACGUACGUCAACGUCGGUCCAAUCAUUGAUUUUUGCGUCAUGGACCUCGACCGCCAGGGCCAGGGUCAAAUUGUUACUUGCAGCGGUGCUGACAAGGAUGGAACGCUGCGUGUGAUUCGUAAUGGAAUCGGGAUCAGCGAGCAAGCCAACGCAGAGCUUCCUGGUAUCAAAGGCAUGUGGUCGCUGCGCGAGACCUUCGCUGGAGAGUAUGACAAAUACUUACUGCAGAGUUACGUGAACGAGAUCCGUAUUCUAGCGAUUGGCGACGAAGACGAGAUGGAGGAGAGGGAGAUUCCGGCGUUCACUAAUGUCAAGACUUUGCUUUGCCGGAAUAUGCAUGGCGACAUGUGGCUUCAGGUAACCGAGUCCGAAGUGCGGCUUAUCAGCUGCAGUACGCUUUCGCUAAACUCGACGUGGUCGCCGCCCACAGAAAUGCGAAUCACUGUUGCGGCUGCUAAUCCCACCCAGGUUGCGGUUGCUACAUCGGGCGGUGUGCUUGUUUAUUUGGAGGUUGAGAGCGGACAAAUCCUUGAAAAAACCAAGGUCAAGAUGGAGCACGAAAUCGCAUGCGUAGACAUUUCGCCACUUGCUCGCAGUGGUGCGAGUGAAGGGGAUGUCUCCAUGACGGGUCCGUCAACUCAUUGGGACAUGGCUACUCUUCGUAGCUCAAUUUGUGUCGUCGGGCUUUGGACCGAUUUCUCGGUGUCCGUCUUAAGAUUGCCAGUACUCGAGAAACUGACGACGGAUUCGCUCGGAACUGACCUCCUUCCGCGAUCGGUGCUCUGCAACACGUUUGAAGGAAAGGAUUACUUACUUGUUGGACUGGGCGACGGCAGUCUUGUAAACUACGAGCUAAACGUCGAGCAAGGAACACUGGGAACGCGAAAGCGGGUUUCACUCGGCUCGCAGCCUCUUACGUUAUCGACCUUUCGAUCAAAGAAUAUGACGCACGUAUUUGCAGCAUGCGAUCGCCCGACUGUCAUCUACUCCAACAAUAACAAGCUUCUAUACUCCAACAUCAACUCCAAGGAAGUGAACGUGAUGUGCCCGUUCGAUUCGGAAUCCUUCCCGGAAUGUCUCGCACUUUCAUCCGAAGAAGGACUGAUGAUCGGUAUGGUCGAUGAUAUCCAGAAGCUACAUAUCCAGACUUUUCAUCUCAAUGAGUGGGCUCGCCGAAUCGCCCACAACGCAGAGUCGCACACACUCGGCGUGCUCACCGUGAAUUUUACGGUGGACGAUACUGGUGAAGAAGUUGAUCAGGGGUUUGUACGCUUGUUUGAUGACCAGACUUUUGAGGUGCUCCAUUCGUAUCGACUAGAUCCGUUUGAGACUCCAUGUUCGGUUGUCGUUUGCCCUUUUGCAGGCGAUUCCACGAGUGUCUCGUACUUUGUAGUUGGAACUGCCUAUGUACACGAAGAAGAAGCUGAGCCGCAUCAGGGUCGUAUUUUGGUGUUUGCUGUUGUGGGCAUUCACGGAGAGCGGAAACUGCAGUUGGUCGCCGAAAAAGAAGUGAAGGGUGCGGUUUAUUGCCUGAAUGCCUUUAACGGCAAGGUGCUGGCGGGUGUCAAUAGCAAGGCGCAGCUGUACAAGUGGAGUGAAAACACUGAUUGCGAGAAGGAGUUGGUUUCGGAGUGUGGUCACUACGGCCACACAUUGGUGCUUUAUAUGGAGUCACGGGGUGAUUUUAUCGUGGUGGGCGAUCUGAUGAAAUCGAUAUCUCUGUUGAGCUACAAACAGCUCGAUGGCACAAUUGAGGAAAUCGCAAGGGACCUGAACUCAAACUGGAUGUCCGCCGUUGGCAUUAUCGAUGAUGAUACGUACAUUGGCAGCGAGACGGAUUUUAAUUUGUUCGUUGUGCAACGCAACAGUGGCGCAGCGUCCGACGAAGAGCGCGGGCGCUUGGAGACGGUCGGGGAGUUCCACCUGGGCGAGUUCGUAAACCGCUUCAGAUAUGGAUCACUAGUCAUGCAAAACAACACCGCAUCGACUCAGGCUCUCGCUACUAGCGGCCGUAUCGGUCGCUCUGACAUGGUGGACGUGGGCACUCCAACUCUUGUUGUCGCUGCUGCUCAAAGUCCAUCCAUGCUCCUUGGGACUGUCAGCGGUAUGAUCGGCGUGGUUUUGCCGAUCAGCAAAGAUCAGUACACUUUCCUGCUUCGCGUUCAGCAAGCGCUGACGCAGCUUUUAGAUUUGCCCAAGCCGGAGAUGGCCAAAGUGGUGGAAAAACUGAACAACGAAGGAAUGCUGGACGGCACGAAUCAAAUAACGGUGGAGGACCUGUCAUUGCGGAUCGAAGAGCUCGCGCAACUGCACUGA